UCCAUCUAUGACAUUUGUAACAAAUUAUUAUAUAAUUUUCAAACAUCAAAAUAUGUUCAAAUGUCUUCGAGGUUUUACUCGUUUUAGACCAACAAAAUACUGAGAAAAAUAUCGCAGAAAAACGGAGCAGGAUUUGCAAGGCAAACAAGGAUUGUUGUAAUAUUUUACAGUUGAAUUAAUGGAUUAAUUGGCAAGCAAAAGAUUGAAGAUAAGCCUUUUAAUAUAAAUAAAACUUUGUGAUCGCAGCUGCAUAAUAUUUGAAUAUUGAAGUCUUACAUUUGUUUUUAAUUACGAAGAAUUUGGGAUAUUCUACAUCUCGUUGCUGGAUAAAACGUGAAGAUAUACAUUAAAUAGAUGUUUUGCUGUUGCGAAGAAUAUUUGCAAUAUAAAACAACAAUUUGAAAAAAAAUUUUGAUGUGAAAUGAGAUGGCAUUGUUUUCAAUAUUGUCGAAGCUUGGGCUAAGUAAAUUAUGGUUGAAUUCAAGUCCAGCAGUUUACGUACUAUAUUUUUUCAUAUAUAUUCUAAAUACAAAAGACACUGUGCUGUCAUCAACUUCACCAAGUGUAUGUGAAAUGGAUCAAAGUAGAACAUGUCACUGUAUUAAUAACAAUACUAAAGCAGUGCAUUGCUUGCUGGGUAAUUUAAAAAAUUCUGCCUGUGAACGGAAUGCAACAAAAAGUUACAAGUUAUUUUGUGAGGUGAUGUCACAAUUUGAUUGUCGGACUAAAUAUUCUGUUAAGUGGAAUUGUACAGAUUGUUUGGUAAGUUGUGUUAGCAUCAUGCACUUCUUGUUCAUGAGAUUGACUCUGACCAUGGGGGCAUCCAUUUAGUAUGUGCACAAACAAAUUUGAAAAUUGAACACACCCCCCCUGUAUACAAAGAACAAUAGAAGUGAUGUUAUUUGACCAAUAUAGGCAUAUGCAAAAACUACUAAAUGUUUGGAGCCCCAUAGUUGCAUACAUACUAAAUGGUCACCCCCAUUUGCCCUACCUCAUUUUUUAACUGCAUGCAUAUGCAGCAACCCCUCACCCUUUCUUAACAGAACAGCCAUGAUUAAAAAAUAUUGUUUAAAUCAUUUUUUUCGGACAAAAUGGGAAUUACAAUCACUACAGAAAUUUGCUUAAAUAAAUUCAUAUAUGCAUAAAUUCACUGCAGAAAUUUUUUCCUGCAGGAUGCUUAUACCAAGUGGCUAUUGGCAGUCUUUAAUCCAGAAAAUGAUGCGUGGUUGUUAAAUUGCGCUGAGAUAGAUACAAAUUCAACAAACAUUGAUAAAAUGUCAUUGUGUAGAGAUGUUCUGGCAAAAUGUCCAUAUUUUGCUCCUCAGAACAGUUAUGGAGAUGCUCCUGCUUUUGAUUGCCCACUUAAACGUAAAUUUAAAUGUAAGUCACUAUGAUGCCAAAUUAGUAGUCAUUAUGAAUGCAUUUAUUUCCAGCCCCAUUUGUGCAAAACAGCCUAACAAGAAAUAUACUGUUGUCUGGUUUACUAACUGAACCUUCUGUAGCCUGCCAUCCCUAGUAAUUUGUUUUGUGUCAGAGGUUUUGUGUGGAUGGAGCAUAAACAACAUAUGAACACAGAAUAAAUGCUUACAGAAGUCCAACUUGUUGGCGCCAAUGAUUUUGACGUAACUGUUGCAAUGCAUUGCCAUGUUCCCAGCCAGUGCACUUAUGAAAGGCAUUCACUCUCCAGAAAAUAUUCAAAAUGGCAGACAGACAAAUCGAGGCUAAAUUCAUGAUUUCUUGACAAAAUUUAGCACUCUUAAUUCUAGACACAAGUUUAGAAGUUUGAUUGAUAGAAACAAAAAUAUUAUGUUGUCAAUGUAGACUGCCUAAAGAUCUUAACAUCGGUUUAACAAAAGUGUACGAAUUUGUAGUUAUUCUGCGACCUUAUUAAAGCAACAAUGUUUUAGAAAGGAACUGAUUUCUAUUUUCACCUUGUGCUGACAGUUGUGUGUAAACUUGGGGACAUUCUACUGGAUUGGCUGCCCCAAAAACAUUUUUUCACUGGCCACUGUCCUUGUCAAGUAAAGCGAUUUUCAAUGGCUGGCAGACUAAAUACAAUCAGUUGUAAUUUUAUGUUUUCGGCAAUAGUUACAGAAAGUUAAAGAAAGAGUCUCAGAGUAAUGCUUUGCACGCUUGGUCACAGCUUGUUCAGAUAUUUUAGGGUGCCUCGUAUAUUAGGAGUUGUCAGUUGUGUGACUAAAUCUGCGAAUAUCCGAAUAAUCGUCAUCAUAAAUUACUCAUUAUUCCUGUGAAUAUAUAGCUAGACCUGCUGUUAAGCAUUUCAUAAUAUUUAUUUGUAAUAAACGACAAAUUGAAGUCUAUAAAUUGAAACGCAUUGCCGCCAAAGCGUGGAAGGCCUAGAGAUGAGAUGCAACACAUUCAAAUCUUGAUCAGACUCUGAUUCAGACAUUUUAUCAGAAAAUACUAAAAUGUUCUUUGAAAGAACCAAAAUUUGUGAAAUAUUAACGCAAAAUGUAAACAUAAACAAAAAGCACGCAAAGCAUUAAGGCGGUUUUCCAGUCCUCGCACGAAGCUCCUCGCAGCUCGCUGCGAGUGCUUGCAUCUAAUUAAAAUUAACUGUUUAGCAUUGUGAUUGGAUGAAAGUGCUCAUGCAUGCACUCGCAGUGAGCUGCGAGGAGCUUCGUGCGAGGACUGGAAAUCCGCCUUUACCCUGAGACUCAUUCUUUAAAUCAUUUUUCAGUAUAGUUUCGGCAACGAUUGUUACAAUUAAUUGUGUCGCCGCGCAGAACAUGAUACACGUGUGAUUUCCUUUGCCCAUUGGCAUUGCGUUGCUGGCGCGAGAAAAAAAUCGCACGUGAUCUACUAGGCGAAUUUCUUCGCGCAAAGCGAGCGAAAAACAAGUCUUGGCAAUGUGGUCGAUCGGCGAAAAACAUUCGCCGCGAAAAUGUUUGAUCAGUUCCUACUUUUUUAUAGUUCGCGCGAACCAAUAAUGCACACUCAAACAGUAAUUUUACACUAUAUUCAGCCUCACGCAAGGGGCAAAAUCCAUUACAAAAGGUGGGGCCUGGUGGGAUGAAGCCAACCAACAAGCACAAUUUAUACUAGAUAAUACUACAGUAUGACUGUCUAAAAAGUGGAGACACCCCAUUCCCCCAGGAUUUACACCCUUGAAAUGCACGAGGAUUUAUUCCGCCAAAGUUUAACGAAGAAGUUUGCCCAAUAAUGGUUCUCUAUGCUCCAAAUCACGUUGUUACAGUACAGUAUUAACAUGAUUUAAUGGUUAACCCACUAAAUAUAAUAAAAGCAUGUGAAAUAAAAUACUAAAUUAUCUUUUCUGUUCAAAUAUAUAGAUGACGAUAAAUGGAAUUGUAGAAGAAACAACAGCGACAGCUCUAACAAUUGAAACUAAACAAAACUUAACACUAAAACCUAAAAAUAAAUAGCAACUGCACUGAAGUGUACUGCAUAUUUAAUAGUUAAGAAUCCUGAAUAUUUACCCGUCCAACAGCGUCUUCAAAUCCCAAAUCCUGCUAAUCUUUUUUUUUUAUUUCGUUACCAAAAUGAGCGUUAUCCCGGCCUUACCCCACAAGAAACUAUUGUGAUUUGUGAACUUAAUCUAAUAGACAGUAAGUAGUUUAAUACAGUAUAUAAUGGGUUGCAAUUAUAUGUGAGGAUUUUUAAUUAAUGAGGUAUAUCACAGUCAUAAUGUCACUUUGUUUGAGGCACCAUUUUACCAAAUGGAAUCAUUGCGUACGUACCAGAGACUAUCCCUUUUUUAUUUUUUGUUUCCCGUCAGGGAAGAAACCCGAAUAUAAUAAAAUUAUAGAGAAAAUAGGAAAAAAUCGAAGACUCUCAUAAGGGACUGGUCAUAAAGUAACUGCUAGGGUGGGCUGGAGGUAAAUCACAAAUUUUGCCAAUAAGUUUGGUGACCCAUCUUAGGAUGUAGAUAAAAAUUUCAAAGCCCAUCUAAUCUUGCCAAAUUUAUUUCAUGACCCACCCACCCAAUCUAAAUUGGGAAAAUACAAUUUUAUAACAAAAAAAAACUUGCAAGUAUGAACAUUGUAAAUAUACACCGGCACUGUAUUGACAUACAUAAUUCCACCAAGCUUGACCAACACAUUCAUCACCAAUUACGAUACUGAGCUGCUCUCCAGUUGGUUGUAUUUGCUGUGAUUCGACCACUUCUUGUUGUUGUAUAAAACAAAGUACUGGCUUCAAUAGCAUCAUUUGCAUUUGAUAAUUUGGAUAGUUUUGUUUACUUUUAUUAUUAAUAUCUUUAUAUAAUAUAUAAUUAACAUGGGUUUUUGUUUGGUGGCCCAACCGUGGACAUAC